CCACUCCCUCCUGUGCGCAGUGACGUCACGGCAGUCGCGGCCGCCGACGCAGGGCUGGGGUUCCAUUUUCAGUGCGAGCUUUCGGGGAACAGCAACAUGGAGCCUGAGAUAGAGGACAAAACGCUGGAGCUGAUGAACACCUCCUCAGUCAUGGACUCUCAGAAUGAUGACUUGUCGCCCAAGAAGAGCACAGUGCUGAGGAUCAGUAACGGGACGGUGACGGGCUCCAGGAAGCGGCCGUCGGAGGGAAACUAUGAGAAGGAGAAGGACGUGUGCAUCCAGCUGUUCGAUCAGUGGUCUGAGGCUGACCAGGUGGAGUUUGUGGAGCACCUGAUCUCCCGCAUGUGCCACUACCAGCACGGACACAUCAACUCCUACCUCAAACCCAUGCUGCAGAGAGACUUCAUCACGGCUCUGCCAGCGCAGGGAUUGGACCACAUCGCGGAGAACAUCCUGUCCUUCCUGGACGCGCGGUCGCUGUGUGCUGCGGAGCUGGUGUGUAAGGAGUGGCAGAGGGUGGUGUCCGAGGGCAUGCUCUGGAAGAAGCUCAUCGAGCGCAUGGUCCGCACCGACCCGCUCUGGAAGGGCCUGUCCGAGCGCCGCCAGUGGGAAAAGUACCUGUUUAAGAAUCGCACCACAGAAGUUCCCCCAAACUCCUACUACCACUCCCUGUACCCCAAAAUCAUCCAGGACAUCGAGACGAUUGAGACUAACUGGCGCUGUGGAAAGCACAACCUGCAGAGGAUUCAGUGCCGCUCAGAGAACAGCAAAGGGGUCUACUGCCUGCAGUAUGACGACGACAAGAUCAUCAGCGGUCUCAGAGACAACUCCAUCAAGAUCUGGGAUAAGCAGUCUUUGGAGUGUCUGAAGAUCCUGACGGGACACACUGGCUCGGUGCUCUGCUUGCAGUACGAUGAGCGAGUCAUUGUCACCGGCUCCUCCGACUCCACCGUGCGGGUGUGGGAUGUGAGCUCGGGGGAGGUGUUGAACACGCUGAUCCAUCAUAACGAGGCGGUGCUGCACCUGCGCUUCUGUAACGGUCUGAUGGUCACAUGCUCUAAAGACCGCUCCAUCGCCGUGUGGGACAUGGCCUCGGCCACCGACAUCAGCCUGCGCCGCGUGCUCGUCGGCCACCGCGCCGCCGUCAACGUCGUCGACUUCGACGACAAGUACAUCGUCUCCGCGUCGGGGGACCGCACCAUCAAGGUCUGGAGCACUAGCACAUGUGAGUUUGUACGCACUCUGAACGGACACAAACGUGGUAUCGCCUGCCUGCAGUACAGAGACAGACUGGUGGUCAGUGGCUCCUCCGACAACACCAUCAGGUUGUGGGAUAUCGAGUGUGGGGCGUGUUUGCGGGUGCUGGAAGGUCAUGAGGAACUUGUUCGCUGCAUUCGAUUCGACAACAAAAGAAUCGUCAGUGGAGCCUAUGAUGGUAAGAUUAAAGUUUGGGAUCUGCAGGCUGCUCUGGACCCCCGAGCCCCCGCCAGCACCCUCUGCCUGCGCACCCUGGUGGAACACUCUGGUCGGGUUUUCCGGCUGCAGUUUGAUGAAUUCCAGAUCAUCAGCAGUUCCCAUGACGACACUAUUCUCAUCUGGGACUUCCUAAAUGUGCUGCCCAAUGGACAAACAGACGGACGUUCUCCCUCUCGCACAUACACCUACAUCUCCAGAUAACAGGGUGUGAGCAGCAGGGGGCGCUCUGCGUUGUGUGACGUUGUGAGAGAGGUUCACGGACCCACCGCAGAUGCCCAGCGGCCCCGCCCCCCGUCUCUGUUCCCAGCAGCCCUGGGUGGGGGUCGGGUGAACGCCCGUGUGACCCCCCCAUUCUGGAGGCGUGGACAAUGCACUCCGCUGGUUGCUUAGAGACAGACGGACAGAUUUCUCUCUCAGAGCCUGAGGGAGGAAGAGAGAACAGAUUGUCUCACUGCUGGGGGCGGGGUUGAGCUCUGAGGCCCCGCCCCCAGCCCCAGGAUUCCACUUCAGUCUCCACUGUUCCCGUGCAGAGACUAUGAACCAGCUGCAGCGCUCUCUCUCCCCCCCUCUGUCUCUCUCUCUCUCCAUCUUUCCCACUCUCUCUCCCUCUCCCUCUAUCUCUCUCUCUCCCCCCCUCUGUCUCUCUCUCUCCAUCUU